GUUGCUCUCUCGCCGCAGUAUGAUUUACCACUGAAAAAUUAGAGCAGAAAAUCCACUUUUUAGCGUUCCGAUAUUUGCCUUCUGGCUAGGAUUUUCUAUAACUGAUCGGUGCUAUCUGGGCUUUCCUAAUUUUCCAUCCGAUAAAUCGCGCUGAACACUUCUCAACUGCCAUCACCGGCUGCUGUUGCUGCAGUGUCUCCAGCUGAAACUGGUGUCCGUGCCUAAUAUUUAGGUUCCCGCAGGUUUCCAGCGUAUCGAUACCUUUCAAGAUCGGCAGGGACAGUUUUCUGCGUUAUGGCUGGACACAGUCACGGACGCUACGACCACAACUGCGGCGACAUGGUUAACGGUAGCCAGAACUGCGAUACCUUUCUUUUCACCUCGGAAAGCGUCGGUUCGGGACAUCCAGAUAAACUGUGCGACCAAAUCAGCGAUGCCGUCCUGGACGCUCAUCUCCGUCAGGAUCCCAAUGCCAAGGUUGCGUGUGAAACCGUAGUGAAGACCGGAAUGGUGUUGAUCUGCGGUGAAAUCACCUCCAAAGCUGUUGUGGAUUAUCAGGCUGUGGUACGGCAAGUCAUUAAGGAUGUUGGCUACGACACUUCCGAAAAAGGAUUUGAUUUUAAAACCUGUAAUUUGCUGGUGGCACUGGAGCAGCAGCAUCCCGAAAUCGCAGCUGGUGUACACGUGGGGCGUGAUGAGCUGGAUGUGGGGGCCGGCGAUCAGGGUCUGAUGUUUGGGUAUGCAUCCGAUGAAACCGAAGAGGCCAUGCCACUCACGCUGCAUCUCUCGCAUCGUCUGACGGAACGGUAUGCCUACCUCAUGAAAAACGGCACCUUCCCGUGGGCUCGUCCGGAUUGCAAAUCUCAGGUUACAGUGGAAUAUCGUCUGGAAAACGGUGCAUGUGUCCCUCUAAGAGUGCACACCGUUGUUUUCUCUGGCCAACAUGCUCCGGACAUCUCACUCGAUGAGCUGCGACAUGAAGUUCUGGAAAAAGUUAUUAAAAAGGUUAUUCCCAAUGAAUAUCUGGAUGCGAAAACGAUCUACCAUAUCAACCCGUGUGGAACAUUUAUUUUGGGUGGACCAUAUGGUGAUGCCGGUCUGACGGGACGUAAGAUUAUUGUGGAUACCUAUGGCGGAUGGGGUGCUCAUGGCGGUGGAGCGUUCUCGGGCAAGGAUCCGACCAAGGUCGACCGAUCGGCGGCGUAUGCGGCGCGUUGGGUAGCCAAGUCUUUGGUGAAAUCGGGAUUAGCGCGCCGUGUCCUGGUGCAAGUGUCGUAUGCUAUUGGCAUUGCAGCUCCGCUGUCCGUGACCGUUUUCCACUUUGGCACCUCGAAAUAUUCCGAGAAACAGCUGCUGGACAUUGUGAAUAAGAACUUUGAUUUACGCCCGGGAAAAAUCAUUAAGGAUUUGGAUCUGAAACGCCCCAUCUACAAUGAAACAGCCAGUUAUGGGCAUUUUGGACGACCUCAGUUCACCUGGGAGAUACCGAAGAUUAUUGAUAUGUAAACAGCAGAAUGUUAUCUAUGCAUGCACGUUUGAUGGUUCUUAGAGAGUAUUACCAUUCCGAAGAUUGUGCAUAAUUUUACAUCAGGGAUCGCCGUUGUUCAUUUUGGUGGGAAUCUGUCUGCAACCCGUCUGCCUUUUGGUAGCACAGCUUUGCUCAUUGUUGUUAGCGGUUUUAAAGUUUUAAUUUCACAAAUUCCAUCCAGGGCUCUUUCUCUUCAAAGUACGCUGUGGGCUAUAUAGAGGUGUUACUUAUUUUGUUGAAUAAACAGAAUAAUCAAAAA